AUAUUAACUAUUCACACAAUUCAAGCGAUUGGUAAUAACUCGAAAAUUUCCAGUAUCCACAUGGCCCAGUCGAAUGCACACAAUUUGGUCGAGUACAAGGCCGGCCGCAUGGUCCUUCUAGGCAAGAUGGUCGAACCCGAUGACCGCAAAGGACUGCUCUUUGUGCGCCGAUCCGCCGAUGAUAAUCAGCUCCAUAUCCACUGGAUGGAUCGGCGUUCCGGGUCCGUUGAGCUGGAUAUUGUAGCAACGCCGGGCGUCCUCGAGUUCCGUCGCAUUGAUCAGUGCAAAACCGGUCGGGUUUAUGUCCUAAAGUAUACACGAUCGACGCAGCGUUACUUUUUCUGGAUGCAGGAGCUGCAGGCGGAUGGGGAUGCGUUAUUUUGUCAGCGGGUCAAUGAAUUGAUUGCCAGUGGUGAACGCCAAAGGGAUGAGAUUGCGGCGGCCGAGGGCGAUAUGGAUACGGAUGCGGAUCAUACAACAGCACGACGCGGUUUCGGUGGCAGUGAGAAUCCUCAAAUUCUGGAAGAGAUGCUGGUCGAAACGCAAGCAACUUGGCUACCAGCUAACCGGAGUUUGAAUCAUUGGCAAACUGGUGAUGCGAUGGAAGAACCGCCCUUGCCAUUUGCCGAUCCCGAUGCAAAUACAGAUACAGAUACAGAUACAUAUACAUCAGAGUCGGGUAUACAGACAUUCGAUUUGGCAGCUGUUUUACGCCUACAUGGCGCCGAAGCAGUGGACAAAGUUCUAAGUUGCCCAUCGAGACGUGAAAAACUAAUGGCCCAAUUGCCCAAAGAUCAUGAGGCGAUGGAUGAGCAGUCAGACAUACUGGAGCAUUUGCAUUCGGCGCAAUUCUACGAAUCCUUGUCCUCUUUUUCCGUAGGACUUCAUUCUGGUGCACUCAGAAAGAGUCUGGAGCCUCUAUUGCAAAGUGAUGACAAUCGCGAGGCCUUGAAUGCCGCUCAAGUUGGGGAUGUUGAGCGUUUUCUUCGUGAACUUGAACGAAACGAUGGGGAUUAUGGUGGGCCAACCGAUUGAACCGUGAGGUUCUUAUAAAUAUAUUUAAAUAUAGUUAAUUAAAUAUGGCGCAU